AUUUCCCAAUUGAGUUUUCAUACAAACCGAUCGAAUUAUGAAGAAAAAUGAAAGCGGCAGCUUGGCUCUUGAUAAAGAUUUCAACAUUGACAAGCUUUUGCCAAAGGAAUUGAUCGACCAUUUCAUGAUUCGAAAGCCAAUAGGAGUUCGUGUACACAAGCAGGAUUGUCGGAUCACACAUGUCCUUCCUGAAUCACAUCUUAUUGGAAAAGCAUUUCUAGGUGAUUGUAUCACUGCAAUCGAUGAAAAAGUUAUCCACACUAGUGACGAGUUGCACCAAAAGUUGAAAGAGAAAACUGAGAAUAUUCAUCUACAACUGAAACGUAACAUGUUUUCCUGGUGUUUUCAUAUUCGAACAACUGUUGAGAAAAUCCAAAUUGACAGAGAUUUAGAGAGAAUCACUCCAAAUCCUGUUAACCAUUACUUUGUUCUCAUAAAAGUUCGUCCAACUCCUGAAAUGCAAUUCAUUGACUUGGGAUUAUUUGUCAAAUAUAACAAUAGAGAUCGUUUGGAGGUUGAUUAUGUUACUCCAAACAGCUUAGCAUCCAUCCAUCUGAAAUCUGGAGAUGUCAUUCGGGAGUGUAAUUCUCAGGCAAUUUGCUCGAAGAGCAUGCUCCGUUAUUGUAUUGCGAGCAGCAUCGCUUCUUCUGGACACUUUACGCUUCUUAUUGAAGCACCAAUUCGAGAUAUUCUCAGAGAUCACAUUGAUUUGGCAGAUGAUGUUGUGGCAAUUGCUGAUAAGGCGGUAGAGGAGUUCAGAAAAUUGGGGAAAGGAUAUCUACCACAACAACCGAAGAAAGGAGAUAAGAAGAAAAACAUCAAAUUGAAAGAGGGACGUACAGAACAUCAGAUCGUUAGUGACAUUGAUCCUGCUAAACUGAGAGCGUGUAAAAAUGCUAGCUGAAUUUCUCUGAUAAUAAAGUUUCUACAUU